GGCCGACUCCGGGUCCUUCGCGGGGCCUGAUGGCCGAGCACUGUCUUUGGUGCCCUGGGAAGUUCCUAUGAGCGGACCUCGUCUCUCCCAGGUUUCUCAGAGUCUUUGUCCUCGGAACUUCUGACAGUUCUAGCGAGUAUAACCGGCUUCUCAGAUGUGUGGAACUGUCCCUGGAUGUGUAGCUCUUUGCCACCAUCUCUACCUUUUUCCUUCUGAGAGAUCCUGAAACGUUUGUCAUGGAAAAGUAUCACGUGUUGGAGAUGAUUGGAGAAGGCUCCUUCGGGAGAGUGUACAAGGGUCGGAAAAAAUACAGUGCUCAGGUGGUGGCGCUGAAGUUCAUCCCUAAACUGGGGCGCUCAGAGAAGGAGCUGAGGAAUCUGCAGCGAGAGAUUGAAAUCAUGCAGGGUCUUCGUCAUCCUAACAUUGUGCAUAUGCUUGACAGCUUUGAAACUGAUAAAGAGGUGGUGGUAGUGACAGACUAUGCUGAAGGAGAGCUUUUUCAGAUCCUGGAAGAUGAUGGGAAACUUCCAGAAGACCAGGUUCAGGCCAUUGCUGCCCAGUUAGUGUCAGCCCUGUACUACUUGCAUUCCCAUCGCAUCCUACACCGAGACAUGAAGCCUCAGAACAUACUCCUUGCCAAGGGUGGUGGCAUCAAGCUCUGUGACUUUGGAUUUGCCCGGGCUAUGAGCACCAAUACAAUGGUGCUGACGUCUAUCAAAGGUACACCACUCUAUAUGUCUCCAGAGCUAGUGGAAGAGCGACCAUAUGACCACACAGCGGACCUCUGGUCUGUGGGCUGCAUUCUGUAUGAGCUGGCUGUGGGAACUCCUCCCUUCUAUACCACAAGCAUCUUUCAGCUAGUCAAUCUCAUUCUGAAGGACCCUGUGCGCUGGCCCUCUACCAUCAGUCCUUGCUUCAAGAACUUCCUGCAGGGGCUGCUCACUAAGGACCCCCGGCAGCGUCUGUCCUGGCCAGACCUCUUGCAUCACCCCUUUAUUGCUGGUUGUGUCACCAUAAUAACAGAACCAGCAGGCUCAGAUUUGGGCACCCCAUUCACCAAUCGCCUACCCCCAGAACUUCAGGUCCUAAAGGAUGAACAGGCCCAUCGGCUAGCCCCCAAGGGCAAUCAGUCUCGCCUCUUGCAUCAGGCUUAUAAACGCAUGGCUGAGGAGGCCAAGCAAAAGAAACAGCAGAACACAGGACCUGCCCUUGAGCAAGAAGACAAGACCAACAAGAUGGCCCCUAGCACAGCCCCUAAGCUGGAGCUAAGGACCACUCCUGAAAAAUCAAGCCUCUUGGCUGGCAUCGUGGCCUCAGAAAUGAAGAGCAGUUGUGCUGAGAGGCGGUCUGUAGAGGCACCCCCUGCACCUCGGGAAAACUGUAUCACCCCAGAUUGUGAGCAAGCAUUCCCAGAGCUGGGGCCAGAGGUGGUGAGCCCACAGAGCACAGAUACAGGGGACCUAGAAGACGAGGAACCAGACAGUGACAGUGAAUGGCAGCACCUACUAGAGACCACCGAGCCUGUUCCUAUUCAUCUGAAGGCUCCGCUCACCCUGCUGUGCAACCCUGACUUCUGCCAGUGCAUCCAGAGUCAGCUUCGUGAGACCGGAGGGCAGCUCCUAAAAGGCAUCCUGGAGGGCGCUACCCACAUCCUCCCUGCACUCCGGGUCUUGAGCAGUCUUCUGUCCAGCUGCAGCGACUCUGUUCCCUUGUAUUCUUUCUGCCAGGAGGCAGGGCUGCCUGGGCUGCUGCUCAGCCUACUCAGGCACAGCCAGGAGAGCAACACUUUCCAGCAGCAACCUUGGUGUGGGACCUUUCUGAGGGACCUGGUGGCUGUAAUUCAGGCCUACUUUGCCUGCACCUUCAAUCUGGAGAAGAACCAGACAGGUGACAGCCUACACGUAUUUCAGGAGGCUGCCAACCUCUUUCUGGACCUGUUGGGGAAACUGCUGGCUCAACCAGAUGACUCUGAGCAUACACUGCAGAGGGACAGCCUUAUGUGUUUUACUGUCCUUUGUGAAGCCAUGGAUGGAAACAGCCAGGCUAUCUCCAAAGCCUUUUACUCCAGCCUGUUGACCACACAGCAUGCAGUGUUGGAUGGGCUCCUUCGUGGCCUGACAGCUUCGCGGUUCCCCUUCCACCCACCUGCAGGGGCCCCACACAUGAACGAGCCACUGUGGGAACAGAGUGAGGAGCUGCCUGGAGCUAUUUCCUGCGCCCUGGCAGCCAUGUGCACUGCUCCUGUGGGACUACCCAGCUGCUGGGAUGCCAAGGAGCAGGUCUCUUGGCAUUUGGCAAAUCAGCUGACUGAAGACAGCAGCCAGCUCAGGUCAUCCCUCAUCUUGGGCCUGCGACAUCCUGUCCUAUGUCUACACCUUCUUAAGGUUCUCUACUCUUGCUGCCGUGUCAGUGAGCACCUGUGCUGUCUUCUAGGGCAAGAGCCCCUGGCCUUGGAGUCACUGUUGAUACUGGUCCAGGGCAAGGUGAAAGUAGUGGAUUGGGAAGAGUCCACUGAAGUGGCACUCUACCUCCUCUCCCUUCUUGUCUUUCGGCUCCAAGAUCUGCCUUCCAGAAUGGAGAAGUUAGGCGGGGAGGUUGCUACGCUCUUUACCCACUCACACAUCGUCUCUCUUGUGAGUGCAGCAGCCUGUCUGCUGGGACAGCUUGGGCAGCAAGGGGUGACCUAUGACCUCCAGCACAGUGAGUGGAUUGCUGCAGCCACACAUGCCCUGUCUGCCCCUGCAGAGGUCCGGCUGACUCCACCAGGUAGCUGUGGGUUCUAUGAUGGCCUCCUCAUCCUUCUGCUGCAGCUCCUCACCCAGAAAGGGAAGGCUAGCCUGAUCAGGGAUGUGGCUAGCUCAGAAAUGUGGACCAUCUUGUGGCACCGCUUCUCCAUGACCUUGAAGCUACCUGACAAGGUGUCUACACAGGAAGAGAACCUGUCACUGUCUAGUCCACCCAGCUCGGAGCCAGAGUGGACACUGAUCUCACCCCAGGGCAUGGCAGCCCUGCUGAGUGUGGCCAUGGCCACCUUCACCCAAGAGCCCCAGUUAUGCCUGAGCCACCUGUCCCAGCGUGGAAGUAUCCUCAUGUCUACCUUGAAGUACCUGCUUUCCCCCAGCUUCCUGUAUCACCUGAGCCAGGCGCCUCAUGGGCCUGAGUUUCUCCCUGUCAUGGUACUUUCCGUCUGCCAGCUCUUCUGCUUCCCCUUCUCACUGGAUGUGGAUGCCGACCACCUUGUAGGAAUCCUGGCUCACCUCAGGGAUGCAGAAGUUGCAGCCCUCCUGCUGCAGGUCUGCUGCCAUCAUCUUCCACUGUCACAAGUUGAGCUGCCCAUCAGCCUCCUCACACGCCUGGCUCUUAUGGAUAUCACCUCUGUCAACCAGUUUGUGAGCACAGUGGCUGCCUCCUCUAAGGCCAUCAUAUUCCUCUCGGCUGCCCUCCUGAGUGACCAGCCACUGCUCACCUCUGACCUCCUCUCCCUACUGGCCCACACAGCCCGGGUACUGUCUCCCAGCCACUUAUUCUUCAUCCAAGAACUCCUGGCUGGCUCUGAUGAAUCCUAUCAACCCCUGCGCAUCCUCCUAGGGCACCCAGAGAACUCUGUACGGGCCCGUACUUAUGGGCUCCUGGGACACUUGCUCCAACACAGCAUGGCCCUGCGUGGGGCACUGCAGAGCCAGACUGGACUGCUGAAACUUCUGCUGCUGGGUCUUGGAGAUAAGGACCCUGCUGUGCGGCGCAGUGCCAGCUUUGCUGUGGGCAAUGCAGCUUACCAAGCUGGUCCCCUGGGUCCUGCCCUGGCAGCGGCAGUGCCCAAUAUGACCCAGCUACUUGGAGAUGCUCAGGCUGGUAUUCGGCGAAACGCUGCAUCAGCUCUGGGCAACUUGGGGCCUGAGGGGUUGGGGGAGGAGCUACUCCAGUGCCAGGUACCCCAGCGGCUCCUAGAGAUGGCAUGUGGAGACCCUCAGCCAAAUGUGAAGGAAGCUGCCCUGAUUGCCCUCCGGAGCCUCCAACAGGAGCCCUGCAUCCAUCAGGUGCUUGUGUCCCUGGGUGCCAGUGAGAAAUUGGCCUUGCUUGCUCUGGGGAAUCAAUUACUGCCGCAAAACAGUUCCAGGCCUGCCUCUGCCAGACUUUGCAGGAAACUCAUCCGCCUGCUAAAGCCAGCUCAGAGCACAUGAUCCAAGGUUCCUGAGGUCCAGCCUCCAGGCUUCAUUGCCCUGCUGCCAACUCUUCCUUAUGUGCUUCCACAAGCCACCAACUCACCUGAGGGCAAGAGAGACUGAAAAAGAGUGACAAGCUGCCACCUGUCCUAGGAAUGAGAAACUAGAGGGAUUAUAUAUAAAACUCCUUCGUUUUCCAAGAUUCAGGAUCAUUUCAAUCAGUAAAUUCUAUUACUGUCGGUGCCAGAGAAGAUUCCUUUCUUCUCUAUGUACAGGGGUCUUUUUUCUAAUAACGUGCCUUUAACCCCAAGAACAUGCCCCCUGGACCUUAGGAAAACAUUGCCACUUCACAGGUCCUGAUCUCUCCCUUUCUGGAGCUGCUAUAAUCCUCUGGCAAUUUUUGCUUUAGGUGCAUUGGUCUCUGUCUCAGCUGAAGGCCCUGAGGGUUAAUGUCAUCAGCCCCUGUUGUUGAGGGGUUCCCUUAGCCCACACUCCUUUCAGGGAUGGGAAUAUACUUUUUUUUUGUAAUUCUAUAUGUAAACUUUUUUAAUAAAAAAAAAGAAAUUGUUCCUCUCCCUACUUGGAGCUCCCAGGGUAAGGGGUUGGGAGGUUCAGCCCCUCUUUUAGCUUCUAUAGGGGCCUGGAAGCCCUGGGGUCCUAUUCACGCAGGAUCCUGUUUUGGGGCCUCGCUUGUAUCCUGCCUUCCAACUUCCUCCAGCCUCCUUCUUCCAGCCAGAUGUGGUCACCUACUUCCAAGCCACAGCCAGUGGAACUGAAAUAGAAAAGUGUACGGUUGAACAGAAGUAAAUUGGGUUUCUUUGA